AUGGAGAGACUAGAAUAGAUCAACCAACACUUUGCCCCACAGGCAACCAAGUUUGGAGUAAACAACUUUGUUCACGUUUAACAAGCCCCUGCUGACCCAAUCCUCUCACUCACAACUGGAUUCAAGAACGACAAAGACCCAAAGAAAGUCAAUCUCGGAGUCGGUGCCUACAGAGACAACAAUGGCAAACCAUACGUCUUCCCCAUUGUUAAGAAGGUUGAACAACAAAUCGUUAACGAUCCAACUCUUGAUAAGGAGUAUGCUCCAAUUGAAGGUGUCGCAGACUUCAUUACUGGCUCAAGAUAGGUUGCUUUCGGAUGGGACCACCCAGAUGUUAACAGCGGUAGAGUUGUUACUUGCCAAACUUUGAGUGGCACUGGCGCACUCAAAGUCGUUGGCGACUUCCUCAAGAAAUUCAGAAAUGCCCCAAUUUACAUUAGCAAGCCAACCUGGGCCAACCAUAAUGCAAUCUUCCAAUCUUCAGGUCUUGAAGUUAGAGAAUAUACUUAUUAUUGCCCCAAGUCAAAGGGAUUGAACCUCGACGGUAUGCUCAAGGACCUCGCCAACGCUCAACCAGGCUCAAUUGUAUUACUACACGCUUGUGCUCAUAAUCCAACUGGAGUCGACCCAACCCCAGAGCAAUGGCACAAAAUUGCCCAAGUCAUGAAGGAAAAUGAUCUUUUCCCAUACUUCGAUGUUGCCUAUUAAGGAUUCGCUUCAGGUGAUCUAGCUACUGAUGGCUAUGGAAUGAGCCACUUCAUUAAGGAGGGCUUCCAAAUGGUUAUUGCUCAAUCAUUCGCCAAGACUAUGGGUCUCUAUGGUGAGAGAACCGGUGCCUUACACGUUGUCUGCUCAGAUAAUGCUACUGCUGAAAAAGUCCUAUCUCAAGUUAAAAUCGUCAUUAGAUCAAACUACUCAUCACCCCCAGUUCACGGUGCCAGAAUUGCAGGUAAAAUCCUAACUAACCCCGAAAACAGAGCUCAAUGGCUCACUGAAUUGAAAGCAGUUACCGAGAGAAUGAACUCAAUGAGACACGCUCUUAAAGCCUCUCUCGUUAAGAAUGGAUGCAAAGGUAACUGGGAUCACGUCACCUCCCAAAUCGGUAUGUUCUCCUUCCUUGGUUUGACCGUCAAGCAAUGCGAAACCAUGAUCAGCAAGCAUCACAUUUACAUGACCUCAAAUGGAAGAAUCUCAGUCGCUGGUCUCACCACUGCCAACGUUGAUUACGUCGCUAAUGCCAUUAAGGAUGUUGUUGACAACGUCUAAUGA